ACAUAGUCUCAUUCAGCAAACUCUUUUGACCAACAUAUAGCACAUGAUGCAACGCUUCCAGAUGAUCUCAUCUACAAACCUCCUCUUCGUUUCUCCCUCUAUUUUCCACAAUACGAAUAUAGUACAGAGUCAAUACGAGACCAGUGCGACAGGUGGUAGGCAAACUCUCUCCUUCCUAUCGGACAGGUGCCCUCUCUUCUCAACUCAUCUACUAGAUCGUCCAGUGGAAACAUCUCAAGGUUUAAGAUGAAAAAAACGUCAUCGGGUCCGAGUAUCUUUGAAAUCCACACUGAAAGACAUGGAUGGCAUCUUGUCAUACAACCAGCUCGACCUCAUACGUCGCGUGGUAUGCGUCCAAGACAGUCUCCAUCACCCUCACACCCCCGAAACAUGCCAGCCAGUCUGGCAAAAAAUAAUGGCAACGACUAUCCGAGACAUUACGGUGUCCGUGCCGGCACCCGUGCCGGCAACGUACACUUCUCGACCCCUGUUCGGAAGAACCUUCUCGAGAACGAGUCUCGCUUCAGACUCGCGGAUCCUCAUUGUGGCCAGCAGCGCUUCUCCGGGACACAAGGCUUGCGACUGACAGCGAGACCUGCAAAAUUCCACAUGUGAUCGAGCAAUGAUGUGAAUGUUGUAUUCUUCUAUAAAACUGGGUCAAGAGACCGUACGUUGCCUCCUUUUGAAAAGAGCCAUCAAUCUAUCUACGCGGUUCAAUUCGAGAUCCACUAGGCGGCCCUGCCAUGCCUCGAACUAGUUUAGAAAAAGAAGGACCAAAUACAUAAAAAUGGAACAAAACCACCACGUCUCUUCCGUGCAUGCCCUUCCGAUGGUCGCUCUAUCCGCAAACCCCAAUGCUCGUCGGUCUACCAUACCCGCCACCCCCCACCCCACGCUCUACCCCCUC